UCUGGCCCUAUGUCUCCCUCUCUCACUGUGAAUCAGUCUGUUGGUUUCCAUUCGUCGUUCGUCUGGAAUGAACUGAAGAGAAGAAGAGGAGACACAAACAGUGAAAAGAAGAAGAAGAAGAGAAGGAAAAGGAGCAGCUUCAGAAGGGUUGGCAGCCAUGAUGGCAUCCAUCAGGGGAACAGGAAAUAUCAGCCUGUUGGGGUUUCUCUUGGGUGUAUUCCUGGUUCAUCCUGAAGGGGCGGUUUCUCUGGAGCUGCUGCCAUCCGCCUCUGAAGUUCUGGUCCCCUCUAACUCCAAUUACACAGUGGAGUGUUUGGGGUGGAGUGAGGUGAAGUGGCAUUUUCCUCAGGACCCGCCAGUAGAAGGGGUCCUCUUGGACAAUCGAGGCUCCAUGAGCAUCCUGCAUCUCUUUAACAUCACAUGGAGGAAUUCUGGGAGAUACACCUGUGAGGAGCCAUCAUCUGAUCAGAGCAGAAAUGUUGAUGUCUUUAUACCUGGACAAGGUCCUGAUGAAUGGUUUGUCCCAUUGGAUCUGGGUGUGGUGAUGAAGGAGGGAGAGGAAGGCACAAUUCCCUGCAUGGUGUCCAACCCGAACCUCAAUGUCUCGCUGUACGAGCGCCCCAGCAGGAGGCUGGUAAGCGGGAUAACAUAUGAGCCGGGGCGUGGCUUCACGGGUCACCUCAAUGACACAUCAUACAUGUGCAUCGCCACAAACGGAGCUGAGGAGAAGGAGUCGCAGACGUACUACGUCUUCAGCAUUAUAGUCCCAAAGGUAAUGGAAGUGGACCUGACGGUGUCCAGCAGUGUGCUGAAGCAGGGCGAGGUCCUCACAGUAAACUGCACAGUUAGAGACACAGAGAUGGUGUUCUUCUCCUGGGGCUUCCCCCGCAGACAGGAAAUUGAGCCGCUGACGGACUUCUUGCCCAAUCAGAUCCGCUCCUUUGUUAACAUCACUGCAGCAACAGUGGCAGAUUCAGGUGUUUAUAGCUGCACGGUGCAGGAGACAACACAGGGACAAACUGUGGUGAAAAAUAUCACAAUAACAGUGCUGGACCGAGGUUAUGUUUACCUGUGGCCCUUAGGUGAGACCAAUGUGUCAUCUCUCCUCCAUCACACGCUGGAAUUAAGUGUAGAUAUUGACGCCCACCCCGCCCCCACCAUCAUCUGGACGAGACAGAACCAAUCUGUUGCCACAGAAACCACUACUAUCAACACCACACACCUGUCAGACAGCCGGUAUGUGAGCACACUGACGCUGGUGCGCGUGCAGAUGGAUCAGACAGGAAGUUACACCGCAACUAUUUCCAAUGAUGACGACAUCAGAGAGGCUACAUUCAACCUGGAGGUACAAGCUCCACCCAGGAUCACAUCCCUGUCAGAGGUCAGGAGUAACGCUGUGCUGUGUGUGAGUGAGGGAGCUCCACCCCCCUCUGUUACCUGGUACACCUGUUCCAGCUCACACAGAUGCAAUCAUUUGAAUGGCGAGUGGAGGAGCCAAUCAAAAGACUCAGAGGGCAUGACGCUACAGGAGAACAUUACUAUGGUGGCAGAGAGAGGUGUCACCCAGGUACACAGCAUGCUGACCCUCCAGACUCUCAGCUCUCUGUCGGCCGUUCGCUGUGAAGCCACAAACUCGGUGGGCAGACAAGCGAAGGACCUGCGAGUCAUCUCCAGCUCUCUCCUGUCUCAGGUGGUGGUCUUAGCAGUAGUCCUGGUGUUGGUCAUCAUUGCUGUCAUCUUCCUCAUCAUCCUCAUCAUCUUAUGGAGGAAAAAACCUCAUUAUGAAGUUCGUUGGAAGGUGAUCGAGUCUGUGAGUCCUGAUGGACAGCAGUACACCUACCUCGACCCCACCCAGCUGCCCUACAGCCCAACCUGGGAAAUAGACAGAGACCAUGUAGUUCUUGGACAGGUGCUGGGUUCAGGGGCUUUCGGACGUGUUGUUGAGGCAACCAUCUCUGGUCUGAUUAAUUCUCAUUCUACAAAGGCGGCCGUGAAGAUGGUCAAACCGAGAAGUGAUGCAGUUCAGUCUCUGAUGUCAGAGUUGAAGGUUUUGGUUCAUCUCGGUCCUCACCUGAAUGUUGUCAACCUGCUGGGAGCCUGCACGAGAGGAGGUCCCGUCUAUCUGAUCACUGAGUUCUGUUGUCAUGGAGACCUGGUGAACUACCUGCAGAGGAACAAACAUACCUUUCUACAUGGAGACACACAGACCAAGAGUGACAAUGAUGGAGGUUACAUAGACAUGAACAAAGAGGAGAGCGCUCAGUACGUUGCCAUGAAGGAGCUCAGCUACGCCGACAUCGAACCCGCCGUAUACGAGACACCGUACACGCCUGCAGACCAGCAGGAGGCAUCAUCGCUGCUCCUCAGUGACAGUCCUCUCCUCAGCCUCAAUGAUCUCAUCAGCUUCUCUUACCAGAUUGUUCAGGCUAUGGACUUCCUAUCAUCUAGAAAGUGUGUGCACAGAGAUCUGGCGGCGAGGAACAUUCUAGUGUGCGAGGGGAAGCUGGUGAAGGUCUGUGACUUUGGUUUGGCCAGAGACCUGCUGAAGGACCAGGAUUACAUCGCCAGGGGAAACAGCUUCCUGCCGCUGAAGUGGAUGUCUCCAGAGAGCAUCUUCCAGAACAUUUACAGCUCGCAGAGCGAUGUUUGGUCCUAUGGAGUUCUGCUGUGGGAGAUAUUCUCUCUGGGCUGCAGCCCGUACCCCGACCUCCCCAUGACCCAGGAAUUCUACUCUGCUCUGAAGAGAGGAUACAGGAUGAGUCGACCCGACCACGCUCCUGAGGACAUGUACGACGUGAUGAAACGCUGCUGGGAAGAGAAACCUCAGUCCAGACCUUCAUUCUCUUUACUGCUCAUCGCAAUGGGCAACAUGCUGACUGACGACUAUAAACAGCGUUACCUGCAGAUUGCCGAAGACUUCCUGAAGGGAGGAAAUCCAGCUGUGCACCGAUACAAGCAGAGUUUAUCCAGAGGUGCAGAGGAGCAGGAGGACACGCACGCAAGUGCCACCUCUCAGGUAAAUAGGCCAGAGGCGGAGCCAGUAGAGGCAGGUUCCUCGCAUGUCGCUUACAUUCUGCCCGUUACCGAAGUCACAAUUGAAAGCAGCGGUGGCGCUGCGCUGGACGCAGUCAGCCCUUCGAUGUCAGACUCUCCCGCCAUCUCAUACUCUCCCGAAGUGACAUCAUCAGAGAACAGACAGGAAGCUGUGGGGCCUGAGGAGGAGAGUCGUCUGUGAAGGUUUCACCUGCCUGAAAGUCUGGGGCAGGGUUUAAAUAACCCAUGCAUCUCUGCAUGGGGGCUCCUGUGCCCUGAGUAUGGACUGUAGGAGGUUGUGUAACCUUUUUACCUGCAAAGCUUGUUUAGGUCACAGAGUCAGAGUGUGCUGAGUGUGCAGCAGGUCCUGAUUCACAUUUAUAAACUUUAGUAUCCUCAUGUACUCUGACUUUUCUAUCUGUAUAUCCAAACUGCUGGCCCGUGUCAGGACUGAAGCUCCCAUUAAAAUGUACUCGUGGAUCAGA